AAACUAUUUUAUUACGUCAAUGUCUAGCACUCAAAACGAAUUAUUGCGAAUACAUUGUUCUUAUUAUAUAUUAAAUAUGGUUCACCUAUCUACGCGUACGAAACCUCUAACAUGUUGACUGUACCUACUAAGAGCCUAAUAAAAUUAUAUUUCUGCGGUAGGAAAUAUCAAUGUCACCGAUAUGGCAUUUGCUCUGUGCAGCUGUGACAGCUGCCAUCCGAAUCCCAUUCAAUCGAUCAAUCAAUUGGAUGUAUGAAAAUUAGAACCUAGAUCGGACUAACUGUUAUUAUAAUGUUAUAAAUAAGGCUUUACUAUAUUUGAAUGAAUGUGGAUAAUCUUUGUAAUUCGCAUUAUAAAUAUUGCGUUGAAAAACUAAUUUGAACUUAUUGGAAAACGAGAAGUAAUCUUUUAAAAAAUAGUCAUGCCGGUUUUUAUAAGAUUACAAUUAAAUAAACGUAUUAACAAAGUGAUUUUGGGUUCCUAUCUUUUUCGCAGAUGUAAAACUAGUUUGGGUCUGUGGGAUCAAGAUAUAAACACAGAUAUUAAAAUAAAAAUUGAAAGACAUUGGGCUAAAGAAGUAUCAUGUGCCCUGGAUAAAAAUGACUCCAAUAAAGAAAAUCAUUAUGUACUUCCAAUGUUUCCAUAUCCUUCUGGUAACCUUCAUAUGGGACAUGUGAGAGUUUAUUCAAUAUCAGAUACUAUAGCUAGAUUUCUUACACUCACUGGAAAAAGAGUUAUCCAUCCGAUUGGCUGGGAUGCCUUUGGUCUUCCAGCUGAAAAUGCAGCCAUAGAGCGUAAUAUUUUACCACAUGAUUGGACAAAAUCAAACAUACAAUCUAUGAAAAAUCAGUUAUUAAAAUUGGGUUUCCAUUUUGACUGGACUAGAGAAAUAUCAACAUGUGAUCCUCAGUACUAUAAAUGGACACAAUAUAUAUUUUUAAAAUUAUUUGAAAAGGGGUUGGCUUACCAAAAUAAAGGAAAAGUUAAUUGGGACCCUAUUGAUAAAACAGUACUAGCUGAUGAACAAGUAGAUGAAUUGGGCCAUUCUUGGAGAUCAGGAGCUAAAGUUGAAUCAAGAGUUCUAACUCAGUGGUAUAUUAAAACAACAAAGUAUGCUAAACAGCUAUAUGAUGGUUUACAUAGUGAAUGUUUAGAUAGUUGGAAUGAUAUAAUUAACUUGCAGCAGCACUGGAUAGGUGAAUGUAAUGGUGUAGUAGUUACCUUCAAAUUAAAGGUAAAAGAUGUAGACAAACAUUUUGAUGUAUGGACAAAAGAACCACAUAAAUUUAUACAUGCAGAAUUCUUGGUUAUAAGUAAAAAUAGUAUUUUAUUAGAAGAUAUAAAUAAUAAUGAUCUUUUGGAACUGAAGUGCUAUAACCCUAUCACUAGUUCGGAAUUACCAGUAUAUAUUACUGAUAAUGUUAAUUUUCCAGAAGGAAAAGAUGUUUACAUAGGAUCUCCAGCAACUGAUGAAAUUGAUAUGAAAUUAGCAAAGACUUUAAACAUAACCAUAAAAGAAAUAAAAAAUACAAUUGAUAUUAAUGGUGAUAAUGAAAAAGCCAUAAAUAUUGCACAAAAUAAAAAUGUUGGAGGCCAUUUUGUGAGUUCUAAUCUCAAAGACUGGCUUAUAUCUAGACAGAGAUAUUGGGGUACACCUAUUCCAAUAGUGCAUUGUGAUUCUUGUGGAACAGUUCCAGUGCCAUAUGAAGAACUCCCUGUGAAGCUGCCUAUGAAUACUGCAAGAGGCAUUCAAACAUUGGAGAAAAUUGAUGAUUGGGUUAAUUGUAAAUGUCCAAAAUGUCAAAAGCAUGCUAAAAGAGAGACAGACACUAUGGAUACAUUUGUAGAUUCGUCAUGGUAUUACUAUCGUUUUCUAGAUCCCAAUAAUAAAGCAUUGCCAUUCGAAAAAAGUAAGUUAUUAAAUAAGGCACCAGUUGACAUCUACAUCGGCGGCAAGGAACAUGCAGUGUUACACUUGUACUAUGCUCGCUUUAUGAGUUACUUUUUACAUUCUCUUGGAUGGACACCAACAGAAGAGCCUUUCAAAAAACUCUUAGUCCAAGGCAUGGUUAUGGGCCAGUCAUAUAAGUUGAAAUCAAGUGGCAAAUAUCUGCCACCUGAAAGUAUUGAAAAAGUAGGAAAGCAGUUUAAAGAGAAGGUUACAGGUGAACCAGUAGUAGCACAGUGGGAAAAAAUGAGCAAAUCCAAAUAUAACGGAGAAAACCCUGAAAGAUUAUUAUCUGCAUAUGGAUGUGAUGCAACACGUCUUCUUAUACUGGCUGAUGUCCCCCCGGCUACAAGUCGGCGUUGGUCUGAUGCAACUGUUCCUGGUAUAAUAAAUUGGCAGCAUCGUCUAUGGCUGACUAUACGUGAAUUUAUGAAAUAUAGAUAUGAUACUGCUUCCAAUAAAACUUUGACUGCAGAAGAAUUUGCAAAAUAUGAGAGUAAUUUACGAGACUCCAGAAAUUAUAUAAUCGCAACUACAACCUAUCACUUCAAAUACACACAUAAGCUAAGUGUUGGUCUAUCACGGUUACAAACUUUAACAAAUACUUUGAGGAAUAAAGUGCCACCUGAAGUCAUAAGCAAAAGCAGAGAAUUUGAAAUUGCACUAGCAAAUUUAAUAAUAAUGCUGUCACCAGUUGCACCACACUUUUGUUCAGAGUUGUGGGCAGGCUUCUUAGAAGCGCCCAACAGAGUAUGCCAAUCAGUGGAUGAUAUAAUUAAAUGGGAUAAAAACAUUUUGCAGCAAAAAUGGCCUGAAGUUGAUGAUGAUUAUGGAUUAUCAUUUCUGUGCAAGGUUGAUGGUGCUGAUAGAUGUGAUUUGAAAAUAAAAGCAGUUGAUCUAAAUACUUUAAGCAAAGAACAAGCAUUGAAACUAGCAUUAAGUGAGGAACCUGUUAUAAAUCGAUUGAAGUCGGGAAUACUUAGGGUGCAAUAUGAGUUAUACCCUGGCUGUCGAGCCAUCUUGAAGAUAUUUUCAAAUAGAAAUGUGAAUAAACCAAAAUUAGAAGAAAACACUGAGUCUGUGAAACAUAAAAUUAAUUCUGGUAGUAAUUAGAUUAUAAGGUUAGAGAGAGUUCAUACCGAAAAUUCAAGAAAUUAAGAUUAUUAAAUUAACCAAAAAGUUAAUCAAGAAU